CCUGUAGUUAUCAUUAACUAUCAAGGAUAACAAGAAUAUUUUUUUUGUGCCUUAAAAAAGCUUUCACUUGAUAUUUUUAUAGUUACUGUUUGGAAAGAAAUUAUUUGCCACUUCUGAUGUUGAACUGGUCUGGUUAGCUUGAUUAAUUUAUUCUAGAGACACUUUAACUGUAGAGAUUUUUUAUUGAUUGUUAAUUACGAUCUAUGUUUUCAAAGUUUUAACAAAGUCUCAAUCCCAUUUCAGGACUAGAACAGCUAAACGCAAUAGUGGAUCUAAAAGGUUGAUCCAUUUUAUUGUUUUUGGGUUUCAUCGAUUCUUUUAACAUUCAAAUUCAUUGUUGUUUUGAGCCAUCAUCCAAGUUAUGUCUUUGACACCAAGAGUAAACGAAGAAGUGGUUGAAAAGUGUGAAAAAUUGUAUCAAAGGAUUAAAAAAGAUGCUGCUUGUGUAUCAGCUACUUCAGAUGCCCAUGUUUGGGAUGAAAAACCAUCAUGGUUUGACGAAAAAAAAUUCAAAAAAGGACAAGAAACGGCCUUAAAAUAUUUCACUAGCGUCUUUUUAAGUCACACCAUUGGACUAACUGUUUUAUUCAAUAUACCAACAAUGAUAACACCAUUAGCAGUAACUCGGACCCAUGCAAGUGUUUCCAAGCUUUUUACUCGUUACUUGGCUGUGUUUAUCCAUGUCAAAAAAUGGUAUGAAACGGAUCCUUAUGAGAAAGGUAGCCUUGGUCACAAAUCAUUGAAAAUGGUAAACAAUUUUCACAGAAAAGUUGGUUCCGAUAUGAACAAAAGUGUUAUUGAACCAGGUAAAAAUCCGGUAUGGAUAAGCCAAUAUGAUAUGGCGGUGACUGUUUGGUGUGUUAUUGCUCCAGUCAUCUUGGAUCCUAAAAAAAUUGGAUUCCAUGGAAUCACUCGAGAAGAGAUUGAAAAUCUAAUGCAUGUUUGGGCAUGUAUUGGACGUUUACUUGGAGUUGAGGAUCGUUUCAAUAUUAUGACGGGAAGUUAUGAUGAGGCUCAUUAUCUGUGCACCAUAAUCAAAGAACGGGAAUAUAAACCUAUCAUCGAGAAGAUGGAGUUUCCUUCCUCUGUUGGCUUUGAAACUUGCAAGGGUAUUGCCAUUGGUUUACAGCCUCUAUCACCAUAUGUUUCACUACAAGGAUUUAUGAGAUACUGGUACAGCAUAUUUGACUUUAAAGUUGACGUACCUGUGGAAUCACCGUUGGCCGAGAAAGCGGGUUACAUUUUACUCCAUUUCAUCUUCCGUCUACCCUUCAGCCAAUACUUUUUCUCAGUCAUUUUGAGAUAUUUUCUCGACUAUUGUGACAAAAAUCGUAAGAGCAUCGCUGCUAAAUUGGCAAAACUUUAUCCAGAUGACGUUUUACCAUACAUUCCACCAGAUAAGUUCCAACCUAAAGAACUGCUGGCUCGAUCAUAAUCAUCUCAUUGAUUUGGCGGACAAAAAUUGCUCAAAAUAAAUACAUUGUAGUCUUUAAAGUUGUAUAUCACCUUUAAAAAUUUAUAUUUUCAUCACUUUUCAAGCUUAUUAUUUACGAGCACCAUUUAGUGCAAAAAUUAUAUCACUUUUUUUACUUAAUUACAUUUAAUAAAUGAUUUUCAUCCAUUUAA